AUGUCCGUUAAGCCACCAGGACAAAAGACUUGGAGGAAUGAGAAGAAGGAAGCGCAUCAGACAUUAGCAAUAAAUGACAAGCCAUCCAACAACUACAAUUCACGCAAACGGAAGGAUAGGGAGACGUAUCCACCACUACCAUGCAAAGAUGAAGAAUUUCAUGCUAUCCUUGACACGAUGAUUGCUGAUGGCGUAAUCAAACCUGUCAGACUCUACAAAAUUCCUACCCGAGAGGAAAAGAAUGAUCCUAGGAAGCAAACGAUUGAUGAAGACCCCUUGCCAAAACGAAGGGGAAAUGAGGUAGCUGUUGUCAUUACAUGCUCCGAUGAUUUGCUUGAUGAUGAUGAAUUGUGCCACCCUUGGAGGAAUGACCCAAAGCCGCCGGAAGCUAUAUGGGAACCUUGCGGAAACAUGGAGAAGGCAUAUUGGUGUAAAUAUUCGAGGCCUUCAAGUUACAACACACCAUGGCCACUCGCUGAUGGAUGGGGUAACAACUCAGACAGCGAAAUUUUUGUUUUGGACAUGCCGAAAGAAUGCUACUCGGGGGCUUUAUCGGAGCAGCAGGAAGCAGCUGCUGUGACAUUUCAUAAUCUCACCGAAGCUGAAACAAGUGUGAUGGAACGUUAUUUAAGCAUGAAACAGGGGAACACAGCUUCACAGGUCCUUCAAAGAAACCCGAAGUUCAAAUCACUCUUUGACCAACUUGGCUUCGGGCCUCAAGCAAGAGAAGCAGCUGCUGUAGCUCUGAUGAAUAUCUCUGUGGAGUCUAACUCUCACUGCUUUACAACUCAGCCACAAGGGUCAUUCUUGGGAAAUGACAAUGCUAUUGUCUUCACGGACGAAGACAUGGAAGUUCCAUACCCGGACCAUAGGAGGCCGCUUUACUUGGAGGGAUGUUGA